UAUUAGUGUUUAGUCGAUGUGUAUUAGAUUAAACAUGAAAAGAGGCUUGAUAUAUUAGAAGAAAAUUGUAGUUUUCAUAUGUUCGUAGACAGAGUGAAAGUAGAAAGUUUACUUCCGUGUUAUAAAAGCUGCUGCCGCUAGGAGGCUUUGUGUCUGUUUAUACGAUUUUACCCACAAUUCCUGAGAUGUAGCAGUACACGGAGAAACAGAUGAAUACACAUUCUGAAAAUGGCAUUACACAGGGGUUCAAUUUCUGCUAGAAGAGGAUCGAAAAAUGACGCUAAUAAGGAAGAAGAUGAACCGGAAAAUAAUGGCUAUAUUCAGAUUUUGGUAAAACCACUGGAACAAGGAAAUUUUAGUUUAAUACUCAACUGGUUAGGCCUGUCAAAUUAUUCCUCUAACCAACUCGGGGCAGUGUACGGCCUAGGAUUUGUUAUUUCUAGUUUAUUAUUAUAUCAUGUGCUAAGGUGUGAUAUUGGAUCAUUAUUUCAAAGAGUUUGUGGGGUUCUUGUACCCGUAUUUACAGUAAUUUGUGCGUAUUAUUGGUUGUCAUUAUACUUGAGAAAAACAUGGAACACAACAAGUGUGUAUUUGCUAUUCUCAUCAUGUUUUUUGGGAGAAACUGUUGCCCAGAUAAUACUGGGCACUCUCUCUGAUAGUCAAAAUGCCUCAAGUUUUGUGACGCAACCAUUAAUUGUAUUUAUUGUAUUAUUAUCUAUUUGCAUAUCUAGUGUUUUUUCAUCACUUGAAACACAACAUAGUGCUGCAGUAAUUUCGUUAGUUAGUUUUACAAGAUUUUUAGCGUGUUCAACGCUCACUGAUAUACCACAAUGUCUCAGACCUUAUGUUGCUUAUAUUUGUGGUUUAACUGGUGUGAUUAUUUCUAAAUACAUGGAAACUAUAUUAAAACCACCUAUCAGUAAUUUCAUGACGAGUGAAGGGAAAAUUCCAGUAAUAAAGCGACGACGGUCCAGCACGUCAACUAGUCAUGCUUUUGCUCCACACAAGAAUACAAGAAGAACUUCGCUUCCAGCACUUAUUCCUAAGUCUCAGAGCUCUUCAGCAAGUUUUGAAUCAGCAUUACUUGGAGAAGCUCAUGGGUUGAUUACAGACAUGUUGGCCGACACAACUUUACCAUCACACGUUGUCGGCAGGCUAAGAACAAUCAGUAAUUUACUGAAACCUCCAGAAAAUCAUUCAUCGUUCCAUAAACCUCGGGUCAGCCCAUUGGUGUCUCUGACAGAAUCAGCACACUAUGGGUCUGAUACAGAAGAGAGUCCUUAUACUGGAGAGAGGCCCUCUACACUACCAAAGAAAAUACGCAAAAGUUUGCCACCAAGCUUAAUUAGACGCAUGUCAACCAGUACGUGGACAACUACUACAUCAGCAACAGGAAUGCCAACUUUGGAACUGGAGCCCUGUCGUAUAAGAAGUUCCAGUUUUCGUCACCAUAGAGACGUAUCACCAGGAGCUAGCCCUGGAGGCAGUCGUAGUAACAGUCCUUCACCUAGCUCACCUACUGUAGUGUUAACAAUUCCAAAAUCUCGUUCUUUUUCAUUAGCUACCACACCUACUCCUAGUGGAUCUAUUCAUAGUAAAAAAUUGGCACGGAAAAGUAUGGCGCCCUCUGUGAGUCAAGACAGCAAUGUAAGUUCUAAGCAUUCAAGUUUGCUUUGUAAAACUGAUGCUGAUUCCCAGGACUCGGAGGGGGACGGAUCAAAUUUUAUGAAAGACUUGCAGCAUACGUCUGUUAGGACACGUGCAAAUAUAACUUCUGACUAUGAGAGUAAUGACUCUCCCAGCAGUAGCGACCAUAGUGAUAAUGUUGUGACUAAUGAAGAUUUUGUAAUAGGGUCACCUCCUAAUAAGUCUCUGUUUAGUACUAGUAUCCACGAGGAUUCUACUUUAGUACAAAAACAAAGGGUGAUAAAAGAGUCUUUAUUAACACAGAAAUGUUCAGAUAUAUCCGCUGAAGAUGCUGACAAUGAGGAUGAGACAGAAACAGACAUUUCUGAGAAAUGCAAAGCUAUUAAAUUAGAUUCUGACAAAUUAGACAAAUUAGACAAUAAUGUGGAAUUACCAUGGGAUGUAACUAGACUUGAAUCUUGUGAAAUUUUAUCAAUUCAAAAUCUAAAUGAUUGGGAUUUUCCUAUCUUUGAUUUAGCCAAAUUAUAUCCUGAUUCACUAUUAAGUAAGGUUGGUUAUAAGUUAUUUUUGGAAGUAGGGCUGUUUGAAACAUUCCGGAUACCUUUGCCACAGUUUUUACAUUACUUCCAUUCUUUAGAAAAAGGUUACAGAUCAAAGCCAUAUCAUAAUAGAGUGCAUGCUACUGAUGUAUUACAUGGAGUGUACUACCUCACUACACAACCUAUCCCUGGAUUUACUCAAGUACACAACAGUGAUAUGUUUAACAGAAACGGGUCCUCUAGUGAAUCAGAAUCAGAACUUUUAUACAGAUCAAACCUAACACAUCGAGCGAACAGUUUUGCUGCAGAUGAUAGCUAUGGAAUUAUGGGUGGAAACUUUCCCGCUUUGGAGUUAAUGGCUUUAUAUACUGCCGCUGCCAUGCAUGAUUAUGAUCAUCCAGGCCGUACGAAUGCCUUCCUGGUAGCAACAAGUGCACCACAGGCUGUCAUGUACAACGAUCGGUCAGUAUUAGAAAAUCAUCAUGCCGCUGCAGCUUGGAGACUUUUAUUAAGUGAUCCCAAAUGUCUCUUCCUGUCUGCGUUAGAACCUGCAGAAUUUAAGAGAUUCCGAUUCCUAGUAAUAGAACUAAUCCUGGCAACAGAUUUAAAGCGACAUUUUGAGAUCUUAGCAGAAUUUAAUGCAAAGGCCAAUGAUGACGAGGCUCCAGGCAUUAAUUGGACAGUUGAAACUGAUCGUCUCCUGGCCAUGCAAAUGGUCAUUAAAAUAGCAGAUAUAAAUGGUCCCGCUAAAACUUGGAAACUUCACCAUGAUUGGACAACUAGAAUAUCUGAGGAAUUCUAUGAACAGGGAGAUGAAGAAGCCAGAUUGGGGAUGCCAAUUUCUCCAUAUAUGGACAGAAAGAUUCCUCAGCUAGCUAAGUUACAGGAAACUUUCAUAAACCAUUUGGUGGCGCCACUGUGUAAUGCCUUAGUAACAGCUGGUCUGUUGCCAGGGACAUGGGUGGAUGAACCUGACAGUGAUGGGGAUGUUUCGGGACAUUCAGAUACAGAGAUAUGUGACAUUACAGGUGAAGAUAAUGAGGAUGAGAAUGAAGAAGAUCUUGAAACAGAAGCCAUAAACCACCCAAAAAUUAAGAGGAAACCAAGGAAAGUUAAUUGCCAGUUGACAAAGAACAUGAAAGAAAAUCAUGAAUUCUGGGUAGCUAGGAUAAAAGAAGAAGAACUACAAAAGUCUGCAUCUGAAAUCAAGUCAGAAAAACAGGAGAGUGAGAUGGAACCAAUAAAAGAGGAGACAGAAUCUCCCCAUUCUGCAAACAGUUCUCCCAGUGCUCCAAGUACUCCAACACGACAAAAAAAGGACGAAAAAUGACAAAAUACUCAAAAAUAUACCAAAGGAAAUUAGGACUUAUUUGAGAUAUAAACUUUACCAAUUAGAUAUAUACAAAUAUUUAAUAGAAAUGUUGACUCAGCUUGAUCUCUGCUGAAUCUGAAUUUGUAUCAUAGUUUCUGUCAUGUCUGCCAUUUACUCAAGCAGACGACACAUAUAAUAGAGCAUAAGAUGAGAUAUCAACAGUAAAGAAAAAUUUCCAGACACAAGGAAAUUUCAUAAUUGAAGAGAAAAAUAUUUUCACGGGUCUUUAACGUGUAUGUAUGUAUUCUCUAUAUACGCCUCCUUUCCUAGGAGCACCACCAUGAGUUAUGGUGUAAAGGACGACAUAUCCAUUUCAAGAAACUAGUUUUGUGCAGAAUCAUUCAUUACAUAGAUUUAUUAUAUGUAUGUUGGUUCCAGUAUUGUAUAUAAUGUCAAAAGAUUCCAAUACAGAUACUUGUUAGAGAUGUGAAAAUCUGUUCUGAUGGUCAAUAGAUGUUGUCUGUUGUGAUUGGCUACAUAUCAAUGGUGGCCAAUACAAAUAUGUUGUUUUAAGAGAAGUUUCUUGCAUUGUUUUAUGAUUUGUUGAAAAAGGAGAAAUAGUUCUAGAUGUGAAAAAAACUAAGAGCUAUUCUCAGUUGUCCAUUUUUCAUAUGUUUGCCAUAUUCUGCAUUUAAUUGACUCAUGUUCUGUUUGUGACUGUUAAAGGGAGAUAAAUCUUGCUCAUAUUAUAAUACAAUUAAUUCUAAAUUUGUGUCUUUUCUGCCUGGAACAGUUUGUUGUAUGAACAUUUAAACUAAUUCAAAGCUCUGUUUAGAUCUUCAGUCACUCAUAAGGGUAAGGGUAAGGGGCACUCAUGAUUCUGUGUCCAGGGAUAUAUAAUGAAAUAAUUAGAGUAGACGAAUGGAACAAAUUAACAUUUCCUAUUUUGAAAAAUAAAAUAUUUUGUUCCGUCGCCUUUUUAUUGAAAAUUCAGAACAUAACUCUAUUGCCUAGGAUACAAUAUAUAAAUAAAGACUAUAUAAAUUGUAUGACUGUCAUGCUGCUUGUGAUAAUGAACAAUAAGCAAAAUAGAGGGGGAAAUUGAGUGUCAUUUUAUAUACUAAUUAUGGAUAAUAAAUCACAACUUGUUUAACGUAAAGCUGUUCUGGGUAGAAAGUUUUAAUCAUAUAAAUCUAAAUGCUGAAAUUUGGUGCUAUACUCUAUGUUUUAUCCACUUUUAGUCAGAGCACCCAAUGCAAAGUACAUACUUGUGUUUUAUAAUUGUGUGUACUAAAUUAAUUGUUCUUAACCAACUUCAUCUUAUGAAGAAAUUAUGAAAUAAUGUGUUGUUUUGUUAUGUAUACUUUUCUGUAUGUUGAAAUAUUUUCCUUUUUAAUGAUCACUUUUCAAAGUAUCCAAUGUCACAGAAUAUGGAAAUUGUUUUCCAUGGUUUUUUUGCUGCCCACUUAUUGAGUAAAAAACAAAAUGAAAAAACUCACAUCUAAUUUUAUUAAUAUUUAGGAAAUAAGUUGGUGGUUUAUUUUAAACGUGUAUGAAAAUAACAGAGAUACAACUGCCUGUCGAAGUUUAGUAACAACUGAAAAUGUUCGACAAAAAUGAACAGUCUGACUUGUAUCUACAAACUUAAUUCUUCAUAAAAUUAGUAAAUUUUUAUUAAAGUUGCCUCAUAUA